AUGGUCUGGCUCUUGAGGUGGAACAGUGCGCUUGUCCUCCUGGGUACAUCGGAACAUCAUGUGAAGACUGCGCCCCUGGAUACGAGAGAUCAGGCCGUGGACCAUACCUUGGCACUUGUGUACCCAUUCAGUGCACCGGACCCGGAGUCGCUUCACCAUACCCCGGUCAUGAUGGAAGAUGUACCUGCAAGACUUAUGCCCAGGGUCCUAACUGCGAUCAGUGCCCAGCAAAUACAUUCUAUAUGUCGGCUGGUAAUCCACAAGGAUGUAUCCCAUGCUUCUGCUCGGGUGUUACUCAACAGUGUCAAUCGUCCAGUUUCCGUCGUCAGCUGGUAUGAACACAAUGGAGAUUGA